GUGUGUGCAGUGUAUGCAGAGAAAUGCAUCUGAUGGUUGUAUCUGCAUGAUGCAAGUGUGUUUGUGUCUGCGCUAGCUGGGACGGAACAGCUGGGCAGUACUCCGGAUUAGUGCAUUCUUGUAAGAUUACACAUGUAAAUGAAUCUCACUUUGUGACGUGCAGCAUGUAAAUGGCUUUUUAUGGUGAUGCUGGGGCCUCUCUCUAAGAGCUACAACAGUCCCGUUUUAGACCAAGUCCAAACUCUUAUUAUGGACAUCAGAGCUGCUGAGAUUACAGGGAAUCUGGACGUGCAAACUCCUCUGAAGACACUGUAGCCCAUGAUGCAGUCAAUUACAGCAAGGUUUUAUGAUGGUUGAGUGGUUCAGCAUAGCAACAGCCACCUGACUGAUUAGCUCGUGCCAAUAGACAUGUAGGCAGAAAAGAAACACAGAUACAAAAUGUGUGGGUUGAAGAUGGUUUGCGUCAAUUCAUUUUAUGUGGGAGGUUUUUUCCAAAUGUUCACUCAUGGAAGCUGUUAUAUUCAUUCUUAAACAGAGGUGUCUAAAGGAGUUAUAUCUACACCAUUAGCCAAAACUAGUUGUAGAAUAAUGUCUGAUAUAUCUGUCUAUAAAAGUGUGAGCCAAAACUGAGAAGGCAGCAAAACACUGAUGGACAUGCCUGUCCCCAAGGUAUGGGAAUUCAGUGCACGUAGAGGACAGCAAAAUUGUUCUGGUGCUGCGCAAGAAAUAAGCUUAUUAGAUCAGGCUGUUUUUAGGGGGGGUCAAGGUAUCCUGCUGAAACACUUCUUCAGCUGACACUAGCCAACUGACGCUGCUCUAGGCUACUCUGCAGGAGGACACGCGUGGGCAAUUCUAAUUCCCCACAUGCCGGUUUAGGCUACAAUUGCAGCGGGUAAAUGAAUGCUUGGAUUAAAUCACAUCUAUACUCUUAGAUGUCGACUGGAUUUGUGGACAUCAGUUUGAAGAAGACUUACGACAAUAACUAACGUUACGUGAAGCUCAACUGCGUCCGCAGGUUGACAUCGUUUGUCAUUCCUGAUUUUUGGUCGUCCGUACAAGGCUGCAUGAUGUGGACGCCUCUGUAGUGGGACAAUCGCACCGGUGGAGCGAGACAGGACAGGUUGAUGGAUCCAAUGCAGCCGAACCAAAGCUGCUCGUUCUCCACGAGACUCUCUGACCCCUUCAGCGUAGCCAUGUCUCCAGCCUCAGGGCUCUCCAGCCUGCCCCCACCCAGCUUCUGUCCUGCGCCCGUCCCAAGGACACAGCAGCAGGCCGCCACCAGAGCCAUCCAGCUCUCCCCGGAGGCUGCUGAGGUUGCAGGUGCGGAGCUGUGCCUGCCCCCUCCGGUCAGCAUCAGUCGUCCCCGGCCCACGGUCCUGGGGACGGGUUCGGCCGCCGGCAAGGCCCUUAAGAACCCCGAGUCCAUCCCCAGGCCCAAGGCCUCAGUGUCCCCGUUGGGCUCCCUGGGCCACACGCCGAUGACCCCGGAGUCCUCGCAGCCCCUGGCCCCUCCGAGCUCCCGCAGUCCGCAGGCCAACAGGAGUCCGCAGGCCAACAGGAGUCCACAGGCCAACAGGAGCCCGCAGCAGAUGUCCCCAUCCCAGACCGCUCUUAUCCCUCCCCCGAGCAACGCCGCAUUCCCGCACAUCUCAUCUCAGCCCAGUGCAGUGGUCGCCCCGGCCAGAAACCUGACUGCCCAGCCCAGCAUCAGUCCUCCCCCUGGUCCACAGCCCAAACCCGGUCAGUCAUACCUCAGCUCUCAGCUCAGGGUCAGUCCCGAACCGGUGUCUGCGCUCUCAGAAGGCACCAAGGGGAGGACGGACAAAGCUGGCAUGGACACGGAUGAUUUCAGGGUCCAUAUCGUCACAUGGAAUGUAGGAUCGGCUGUGCCUCCUGACGACAUCACUUCCUUAUUUGGGCCAAAUCUGAGCAGCGGGAAUAUAGACAUGUUCAUAGUAGGGCUACAGGAAAUGAACUCGAUGAUCAACAAGCGUCUCAAAGACGUGCUGUUCACCGACCAGUGGAGUGAUCUGUGCAUGGAGACCGUCAGUCGCUUUGGUUAUGUGCUGGUGACGUCGCAGCGCAUGCAGGGGGUCCUGCUGCUGGUCUUCUCCAAGUUCUGCCACCUGCCGUUCCUGAGGGGUGUCCAGACCCAGAGCACGCGCACAGGCCUGGGGGGCUACUGGGGUAACAAGGGUGGAGUGAGUGCACGGAUGAUGGUGUUUGGGCACCCGGUCUGCUUCCUGAACUGCCACCUGCCGGCACACAUGAGGAACCUGGAGCAGCGCAUGGAGGACUUUGAGAGCAUCCUGCAGCAGCAGCAGUUCGAGGGUGGCACGGCACCUGGGGUGCUGGACCAUGACGUGGUAUUCUGGUUUGGUGACCUGAACUUCCGCAUUGAAGACUAUGAUAUUCAUGUGGUGAAGAGCGCCAUUGACAACAGUAAGCUGUCUCUACUCUGGGAGCGAGAUCAGCUCAACAUGGGCAAAAACAGUGAGCCUAUUCUGGAAGGUUUCAUGGAGAGUCCACUCAACUUCCCUCCGACAUACAAGUUUGAUGUGGGAACUCAUACAUACGACACAAGUGCUAAGAAGAGGAAGCCUGCAUGGACUGACCGCAUCCUGUGGCGCCUUCGUCGGACUGGUUCACCAGUGCCGUCCCACAAUGCAAAUCUGCAGCGCGGGCUGACGUCCUGGCUGGGCGGGGUUACCAGGGUGACACAGCACUCCUACCGCAGUCACAUGGGGUUCACCAUCAGCGAUCAUAAGCCCGUUUCUGCCGUCUUUUCUCUGCAUUUUCCCUUCAGGGUCAAUGUGCCUUUAGUAACACUUGAAGUUGAGAAGGAGUGGACUAAAGUCUCAGAUGCUACUGUGCAAUUUGAAGUGGCCUCAGCCUUCCAGAGAAGCUCCUGGGACUGGGUGGGCCUCUAUAAGGUGGGGUUCAAACAUCACAAAGACUAUGUGGCAUAUGUGUGGGCUAAGUCUGAUAAUCUGCCUCAGGUAACUUUUGCAGAGGAAGAUCUGCCCAGGGAGGCCGGAGAAUACAUCUUGGGUUACUAUAGCCACAACAUGAACAGCAUUGUGGGAGUGACGGAGCCCUUCCAGGUGCACCUGCCUGUGGUGAGCCCGCCAGCCCCGGCGCCUGCAGCCCACUCCGAGAGCUCGGACGAGAGCUCUGAGGAUGACAGCACACUGGUGCUGCUGGCCCCCAGCUCCUCGCGCAGCCCCAGCCCGGGGACGCGCUCGGGCAAGCGCUCCCACCACCAGCGCCGGCAGCGCAGUUGCAGCCCCGCUGUGCCACCGCCGCGGUCAGCUGCCACCCUCUCCGCCGCCUCGCCGCUGCCCGCCCUGCAGAGCCUCAGCCUGUGCCCGCGGCCCCGCGACUCCCACACGCGGAGCCCCUCGCCGCGCGCCCCCCGCACCUCCGGCUCCUCGUCCGCCUCCUCCUCCUCCUGCACCUCCAAGAAGGAGCGGCUGGUGUGCCAGGACAGCUCCCCCUCCCCCUGCUCGCCCAUCAGCCCCCUGAGCCCACGCAGUCCCCUGUCCCCCCGCGGCGGCACGGUCACCACCCCGGAGGCACUCAUCGUGGCCAUGCUGGGGCCGGCCCAGGUCCACCCUGGUCCAGCUGCAGACGCAGGCUUAUGAUGGGAGCCUCUGCACCCCCCCCUCCCCCAAUCCCAAUCCCCAUCCCCAGCCUUUCCAGCACUCAGACUGCAAAACAUGCUCAUGCUAACUGUACUUCCCAUGUCGGUUUCAAAUAUAUUGCUAUAUAUUUUUUCUACUACGCAAAUUAAAUAUAUGUGCAAUAUAUUUAGAGAGUAUAUAUUUUUUUCCUUUGGAGAGGCUUAAGGCCUGUAGGGGACCUCUGCUGCUGAUCCUGACCCAGGGACAGCAAGGCUUCUCUAGUGCGGUAGUGUUGCCCAGUGUCUGGUGUGGUCAUAUUGUUUAGGCGUUGUGGUAUACUUUCAGUCUGAAUGCCCACAAGCAUUCAAACCAAUUUAUCUGAAUGUCGUACAAUGAAAAAGAGUUGGAGAUUUCUUCAACAAAUGUGGAAAACUUUGCUUCAGGACUACUGAUUGAUGACAUACUUUCAGCAAUUCAUGGCACUUGAUAUUAAGUAUGUUCAGCACCUACGACCAUAUGUGGACACUGAAUCCGUGUGUGUGUGUGUGUGUAUACAUGUACAUGUGUGUUUGAGAGAGUUUCUGUUUUAAAAGUGUUCUGUUUUAAAAGUGUAAAGAGCAUCUAUUUGUUCUAGUCAUGUGUCAUGGUAAUAUAUGUUAACAUAGGCAACAGUGCCCUGCUUUACUGAAACACAGUACUUCUAAAGGAGUGGAUGUGAUCACUGAGGCUGAAUGUACAACUGUAGAUAUGUCGUAACCUGAUCACCUCAGAUUUGUGCUCAUUUGUGUUAGAAUGUGGCUAUAUACACUCUCUGUGCCUGUUUGGGUUAGGUAUGGCUUUUAUGUGGCAGUUUUGUGACUUGUGUGCAUCAGGCAUUACACUCUGGGGGCAGAUGUGUUAAGUGUUCAAUGGAGAAGGACUGUGUACACAGCCAAAUAAAAUGACCACUGACCAGUGA